AUGGCCGUGGAAGAGUACCGUUUAACUGGUGUUUUGCGAGGGAUAAUUGACAGACUGGUGUCCAGGGAUUUCCUGUAUCUUUCACGUUGGCAGGGGGUAGCUUCACAUCUGGACAGGCAGAUUGAAGCAGUCCUCGUCGAUAUGGAGACGUGUCAAUCCUACGGGGACCUGAACUUUUGCCUGGACGAUUUACUGGACUUGGCCUAUAAUGUGGAUGACGUACUGGAUGAGCUUGCCACUUGUAUUUUAGAGAGUGAGCUGAUGGCCAAAGGGUGUUUUAGCAUUAGCAAGGUGCGUAGCUUUAUCCCUGCUUGUUUUACUGAUUCGACUCCAAAUCUCCACAUGGUGACCAAGUUAAUAGAUAUCACUCGCCGAUUUGAAAAGUUAUCCGAAGUUUUAUCACUCAACUUUAAGCCGUUUUACUGGCCGAUUCAUGAAGAGACAUCAAUUGCUGUUGAGAAAAUACCACUCCCUACAUCUUUGCUUACACAGUCUAAGGUCUACAACGACAAGGCUUUGGAAGGUUUCAACAUCACAGCAUGGGUAAAUGUCUCCUCUGGCAUCACAAUUGACGAAAUUCACAAGCGGCUUCUCCAGCAGAUCACUUUAUCAUCCUGCACGUCUUAUGGAUUACAAGAAAUGCGAAUUGCACUGGCAAAAGCUGUAAUUGGAAAAAAAUGCUUGUUUGUCUUGGAUGAUUUCUGGAUUGGGACUUCUGACGCUUGGGAUUUCUUUUUUGGUCCUUUCAAGGAUGGAGCAGCAGGAAGUAAAAUAAUUGUUACUGCAUGUAAUGUUGAUUUUGAAGUAGCAAUGCGCCCGAGUAAAUGUUAUAACUUGAAUCUCCUAACAAAAGAUGCCUGCUUGGCUAUAUUUGAGGAGCAUGCAUCUGAAAUUGGGGGCAUUAAUCCACAACGAACUUCACCACUAAUUCGAGAAAAAGUUGUUGAAAAGAUCCGAGGCUUGCCUCUGGCUGCAAGUACUCUUGGUGGCAUGUUACGCUUUGAGGACAGAAGUGAGUGGGAAAACAGAUUGAAUGACAGAACAUUCAAUGAUUUAUAUGAAUCUAGAAUUGUCCCUGUGUUAGAAAUAACUUACUCUCGUCUUCCUUCGUAUUUAAAAGAGUGUUUUGCUUACUGUGCAAUUUUACAUGAGGAUUAUGAAUUUGAGGAGAAGGAACUUGUAAUUUUAUGGGUGGCAGAUGGUCUGAUCCAUCCACCAUCUGUAGGCACAAAAACAUUGAAAGAUGUGGGUGUUGAAUAUUUUCAAGCUUUACUUAAAAGGUCAAUAUUUCAACCAUCAAGCAGCAAUGCUUCUAAAUUUAGAAUGCAUGGCUUUUUCAACCGUCUGGCCAGGAGGAUUUCAGUGAAAAGAAGUUUUAAGUUGGAAGAGGAUUUUUUAAUCUCAGAAAGAUUUGAUAAGAUUCGGUAUUUUUCUUACAUUUGUGGUAAUUAUGAUCGAAAGGAAAAUUUUGAAGUUCUACAUAGAAUGACUCACCUAAGGACCUUUCUGCCAAUUGUUAAAAGUGGUAAUAGUCGAUACUUGAGUAAUAUGGUUCUUUUUGAUUUGCUACCAAAGCUGAAAAAAUUGAGGGCAUUAUCUUUGGAAAGUUAUUAUAUUACCACGUUACCAGAUUCAAUUGGAGAUUUGAAACUUCUACGGUACCUCAAUCUUUCUAAUACUGAGAUCAAAAGUUUACCUGAAUCAACAAGUUUAUUAUUUAACUUGCAAUGUUUGAUAUUAAAACAUUGUUCCCGACUUAUCAGGUUGUCUUCUAACGUUGGAAGUUUGAUCAAUCUCUAUUACCUUGACAUUACAGGAGUGAAGUUAGCAAACAUUCCUCUAGGAAUGGAAAAUUUGAAAGGUCUUCAUGUGUUAUCUAAUUUUGUUGUGGGCAAAGACAAACAAUCUUGUAUAGAAGUUCUGAAAAAUUUAAAAUUUCUCUCUGGGGAACUUUGCAUUUCAAGAUUAGAGAAUGUAGUUCUUGACUUCCGAGGAUCUAUUUUAGCUGAUAAGAAGUACCUAGAAGUGUUGGUAUUAGAAUGGGGUUCUCAACAUGAUGAUUCACAAGACAAGACAAAAGAAAAAGAAGUCCUUGACAUGUUGCAGCCCCAUAAAAAUCUAAGCAAACUGACAAUCAAAUGUUAUGGUGGUCUGGUAUUUCCAUCUUGGGUCGGAGAUCCAUCAUACUCCAACAUGGUGGUCCUAAGAUUGGAAAAUUGUGAACAAUGCACAACCAUGCCAUCACUUGGGCAAUUAAGCUUGCUUAAAGCACUCACCAUCAAAGGCAUGGGUGGAAUAAAGAGAAUUGGUUUGGAAAUUUAUGGGGAAAAUUGCUCAAGACUGUUUCCAUCUUUGGAGACUCUUUGUUUUGAGGAUUUGCAAGAAUGGGAGUAUUGGGACCAUAUCAAAGAAAACGAGCAUGUCAAUGUAUUUACUUGCUUGCAAGAGCUUUCCAUCUUAGAUUGCCCAAAGCUCUAUGGCCAGUUACCUGGCCAUCUUUCUUCAUUAGAGAAGCUUGUUAUUCGUGAGUGCAAGCGGCUGGUAGUUUCGUUCAACCAUCUCCCUUCAUUGAAAAAACUUUUGAUUCAUGAAUGUCGACACUUGGUAGUUUCAAUCUCAAGCCUUCACACGCUCCACGAACUAGAAGUAGUUGGAUGCAAAAGAAUGGUGGCUUGUAGUCCAGGUGACUUUAAGUCACUAAAGUCUAUGACACUUUCAAAUAUUUCAGAAACUAAGAACUGGUUUCUUCAAGGGUCUCAGAAAGUAGAACAUCUAAAGAUUGUCAACUGUGAAUGGCUCAUAAAUUCAUGGUUGAAUAGCAUUUGUCUUCAGAAGCUACCAGAAAGGUUUCAUAGCCUUACUUCCCUCGCAGAACUGUCUAUUGAAAAUUGUAACAGCCUUGUUUCAUUUCCAGAAGCAAGUUUUCUUUCUGCUUUGAGUGUACUUAAGAUUAGAACUUGCAGUUCUCUAAAAUUCAUUUUUGAGGGAAUGAGUAAUAAUGAUGUACACGUGGAAAACUUGCAAAUUGAGGAUUGUCACUCUCUAACAUUCCUUGCAAGAGGUCACCUACCCCCGUUUCUAAAACAACUUUCCUUGAUAAAUUGUAAGAAAUUGCAGGGGUUGUUGGAUGAUAAAAAUUACACUUGCUCCUCUUCUAUGUCAUUGGUGCACAAGGAGGAUGAUAGAAAUGUUAGGACAAAUCUUCUCAAGUAUUUGUAUGUCUCCCAAUGUCCAUCUCUCACUUGCUUAUCAUCAAGGGACCAAUUAUUUGUUUUCCUGAAACACCUUGAUAUUCGGGAUUGCUUGAAGCUCCAAUUAUUGCAACACCAGUUACCUGCAACACUUGAACACUUGGAGAUUUCUGGUUGCUCAGAGCUUAUCAUCUUGUCAACAGAGGGGUUGUUACCUAAGGCACUUAAACACCUGGACAUUGCUGAUUGUCCAAAGUUAAAGUCCAUAGCAAAGAGCUUCGAUAAAGGCAUGUUUGUUGGGUUUAUCCAGAUCAAGAACUGCAAAAAUCUUGAAUUCAUACCUGAGGGUAUAUGUAAUCUGAAUAGUCUCCAUACAAUGUAUGUACAAGAUUGUCCGAGUCUUGUCUCCUUUCCUGCAGAAGGGUUUCCCGACACCAACUCAACUGUGUUAUCAAUCGAGAGGUGUAACAAACUUGAAGCUCUACCCAUUGGCCUGCACAAUCUCAGCUGCCUUCAACAAUUAGUAAUAUGGCAGUGCCCAGGUAUUAUGUCCAUUCCCAUGGAAGGCUUUCCUACCAACCUAACCUCACUUUCAAUUGCUGAUGCCAAUCUGUUUAAGUCACUAUUUGAGUGGGGUCUUCAUAAUCUCACCCAUCUAAGAAGCCUCGAGAUUAGGGGAUGCCCAGAUGUAAUUUCUUUCCCAAUAGAGGAAAUGAAUAUGGUGCUUCCGACCUCUCUAACUCAGCUGACAGUUAGAAGAUUCCCGAAAUUAAAAUAUUUAUCAUCUAGGGGUUUUGAGACCCUUAGGUCACUUCAAGAACUUUCCAUUAGUGAUUGCCCGGAGUUGUCAUCCUUUCCGAAAAGUUUGCCAUCCUCACUUCUGCAAUUGUAUAUUUAUAAUUGUCCUUUGCUGAAAAAGCAGUGCAGAAGGAAUAAAGGACAAGAGUGGCCUAAGAUUGCUGACAUUCCUCGUGUUAGAGUAGAUUAUGAAUUCAUCUACGAUACAUAAGUUUGACUUAUGUGAUACGUGCAGGAUACAAGGUCAACUCCCCAAUGCAAUCUAUCAGUGCCGAUACCUGGAUGGUAGGCUGUAUUGUGUAUUUAGCAAAUAUACUUGGCAGCAUAAAUUAUUUGAACUGAAUAAAAUAUUGCAGCUUAAAUUUGGAUCGUUUUAGUCAUUUAAUUAGUUUGCUGUACUUCAGUUGAAAGUGUCAAUAAUUUUUUUUUUAUAUUUUGUUUUUCAUGUGGUUUAUUAAGGUAAUUUUACAGGGUGAUAUUUGAUAUAUUGAAUUGUCAAGAAGAUGCUGCUAGGGGUAGAUAAUUAGUGAUAUAUUUUUAAUAUCUUGUUCAUUUAAAUUUUUCAUUGUAAUUUUGAUUUUUUUUUUUCCAACUGUACCAUAGAUGGCAUACAGAUGGUUUGAGAAGCUGAGUUCCAAUAUUAUGAACUAUCAGGAUAGGAUGCCAAACACAUUUGAGGUCAGGUAAUAAAAGUGUAUAUUAUCUUGCUAUCCAGAUCUCUGAGGAAUAAUAUGUUAUAUCUGUUAGAACAUCGCAGUACCAGUUCACAGGCUUUGCUGCAUUGCAUUGCUUUCAUCUCUGUUCUGGAAGGCAUUCUCCCAGGCGCUGCUUUCAUCUCUGUUCCGGAAGUUAGCCACUUUGCCUGAUUGAUCUUUAUAUAGGCUGUAGUUGGUGAAAGGAUUUCGCUUGCAUCUAUUACUUUUGGGAAGUAACAUCUAGUGGAUGAUGUCUUUUUGGUAACCACACAUAUGGAGUACAACUUUUAAUUCUUUCAGGAAGCCCAGAUAACAUAAUUGAUCUAGACUAACGUACCUAGGCUUCCUCAAAUUACUGAUAAUUUCUUCUUGUUUCAUUUCAUUUGGCUCAGUACUAUGAUGCCUUGUGUAUGAAUAACAACUA